GUGAUCGAUCUUACAGCUCAUGAAGACCGCGAUACGGAAAUGACUUCGACUUUGGCUGCAAGUUCUGUGGCAGGCACAUCCCGCUCAGGGGCUAAAACAGUUUCAGGCGAAUAUGCACGAAGUUCGGAUACCACCAAUGUCACUCUUCGUUUUGAUUUGCCCCGAGUAACGGAGACUUGGCAUCAGCUUGGGGAACAGCUAUCGAAGAAUCUGAGGGCUAACGUACCAGCUGUGGGACUUGAAUCCUUCUUAGAGGUUGAUGCUGGACUGACCAAUACGGAAGAUGAUGAGAAAGCGACAGCGGCUCUAUCUCGUACCAUUGGCAAGGAGGACUUUGAUACCAUGAAAGUGUUAGGCCAGUUCAAUUUAGGAUUCAUAAUCGCCCGUAGGCAGAAGUCGAUGGAAGCGGAAGGCGAUUUAGAUGAUUUAUUUAUCAUUGAUCAACAUGCUGCUGAUGAGAAGUACAAUUUCGAAACGUUGCAACAGACUACGGUCAUUGAAUCACAGAAGCUCUUCAGGCCCCGGGUAUUGGAGUUGAGUGCAGCAGACGAGCUGGUUGCUGUCGAGAACCUCGAAAUUCUCCAAAGGAACGGCUUUGACGUGCAAGCUGACGAUGCCACUUCAGGACCUGGAUCCCGGCUUCAGCUACUAGCUCAACCAGUCAGUAAAAACACGCAGUUUGAUAUCAAAGACCUAGAGGAACUAAUUCAUUUACUGCAAGAUCGCCCGGCCGGGACUAUGGUCAGAUGCUCAAAAGCUAGGGCGAUGUUUGCGAUGAGAGCUUGUCGCAAAAGUAUUAUGGUUGGCAUGCCACUGACUCACAACCAAAUGACGUCGGUCGUUCGACAUAUGGGGACAAUGGAUCAACCAUGGAACUGCCCCCAUGGAAGGCCCACUAUGAGACACCUAUCGGAUCUGCGUAAUAUCCGAGAGGGAGAGCGGGUUGAGCGAACGAUAGACUGGGCAAUGUCAAUGCUCUGACUGUCCUUGAUAAUCGAACUGCUUCAUAGUUCAUAAUAUCUGCUUCUUAUCUAAAGUAUCUUCCAUUAUUAUAUAUAGAUCACAUCUGUGCGAACAUAUUUUGUACCUCGUUCAUGUGGAGCUUGACACUAAUCUUACUAUCACGUUUUCUGAUGACCCACGUUAGUUUGCGUUGACGCCACAUUCAGCAUCUUGUUUCCUGCCAUACCCUUGCGAUACUGAUGUCUAUUCACUCACUCAAGCGAGAUCAAACUAAUCUGGCAUGGGACAAUAGGUAUGGACUCUUCUUGAGCAAUGUGAGACUGGUCUGAUCACUAGUCGUAGCAUACCUCCCGUCAUCCACAUCGCUUCUGGUGACACGGUCACCUUUGACUGCUUGGAUGCAUCAAAUGGUCAACUUACGGCAGACUCGACCAAAGACACAGUUGGCACUAUAAAUCUAUCACUAUUUGACCAGGUAAACGGCCCUGUCUAUGUUCGUGGUGCUACUCCAGGGGAUACCCUGCAGGUGGAUGUCUUGUCAAUCGAGACGGGCGAUUGGGGUUGGACAGCAGUGAUCCCUGGAUUUGGCCUGUUGGCUGAUGAAUACACUGAGCCAGCCCUGAAAAUAUGGAAGAUAGACCAAAGUAAAGGGUUUACAUGGUUUGACGAGGCGAGGGGAAUGAAAAUACCGCUGCGACCAUUCGCGGGCGAAAUGGGAGUUGCACCGGGAAAGAGUGGAGCAUUCUCAACUAUACCCCCGUAUUGCACGGGAGGCAAUAUUGAUACGAGACAUGUGACGGUUGGGUCCACUCUGUACCUUCCUAUUGAAGCCGAAGGUGCACUGUUCUCCAUAGGGGACGGUCAUGCUGCCCAAGGAGACGGAGAGGUUUGCGGCACUGCUAUCGAGACGCCAAUGAAAGUGACAGUUCGAUUGACUGUGCGGAAAGAUAAGCCCUAUACGAAGACCCCGCAUUUUAGUUGUACCUCUGCUGCUGCACCUGAGGGCAUUGAUUACUAUUGCACGACUGGUGUUAAUUCAGAUAUCAAGGAAGCCACACGAGCAGCUGUACGCAACAUGGUCGAGUACCUAACUAACGAAUACAAUCUGGACAAGGUCGAGGCGUAUAUGUUGUGUAGUGUUGCCGGUGAUCUGAGAAUGCACGAAGUGGUCGAUAUGCCGAAUUACGUGGUGGGGAUGAUGAUGCCGAAAUCUGUUCUGGGGCAUUGACCACGAGGAUUUGAUCCAGGGCUGGCCUCGAAUCGGCCAGUCCUGGAUGUUGAAAUGUGUUGUACUAGUUAAUAGGCAGGCUGUGCAACCGGGCCCUAUGAAAGGAAUUAAUACACCGCAGUAAGACAUGAAUCAUUUUAGCUAUCAAAUGGUAUCAAGCCAAGCAGUAUAAGUGGACGUUUGAUGGCAAGAUCAUUUAACAGGACAUGUACAUAUGUCUUUUCCUGCACUUGCUGCAAAUGUAGUACUAAUCAUGU